AUGGUGUACGCUAUCACGGUCACUCUUAUUCUGUGCGGUCUGAUACAUGGAGGGAUCUUCACGCAAAUACCGGAUUACAUAAAGAUCUGCAAGCGAGAUCAGAACACCAUAAAUGAAUGCGUCAAGAACUCCAUAGAGAACAUUCGACCAAACCUCAUAUCCGGUAUACCUGAACUCAACGUGCCCAGUCUUGAGCCCUUCUACAUUCCAGAGAUCAUCGCAGUGAGUGGUGAGCUCGUACCGCUCAAAGCUUCCGGAAAAGAUGUAAAAGUGUCAGGAGCUGGUAACUUUACGAUAAAAAGUAUUGUCGUGGAUCUGGAGACACUUACCCUCCGUGGCAAAGUUCGUUUUCCUAGACUGCAUUUAGACGGUCGCUACAAUUUAGACACUCAAAUUUUGAUUGUUCCUCUCCGUGGCGAAGGAAACCUUGUUGCUAAUGCUGUUAAAUGUGAUGCUGAUAUUUUAUUAAAAUCGGAAAUUAUCAUGCAAGACGGCAAAGAAUACCUUCAUUUCACGAGUCUUGAUGUCGACAUCUCCAUCAAAGACUACCGUAUCAGGCUGGAUGGUCUUUUUAAUGGAAAUAAGGCUUUAGGAGACGCAACAAACGAGGCAAUUAACCAGAACCGAGGGGAAUUCUUGAAGACAACACAACCUUACCUCGAGAAGACCGUCGCUAAGAUUCUCCUGGACUCUGCAAACAAAAUAGUGGCGAAUAUACCAUUUGACGAGUUAUUACCAAAGGUUUAAGCCAUACUCGUAAAUGUCGCUAGCAUUUGAUUAGAUAUAUAAGCCACAAUUGUUUUUGUAUAGAACAACUGGCUUUUAUAUGUAAAAUGUAUGUGGAUAGUACAAUAAAUUAUUUAUUUUAUUGUAAUAAACUGGGUUGAUUUUAAUCUAGAUUUUAAUGUUUUUUAUGAUAUUCGAAGAGUUGUAACACUAUCGUUAAAUGUUAUUACAAUCAGUUCAUAUUGUAAUAAUUUAAUUUUAAGACAUUUCAAUUUAAAUUGGCCUUUUUGUUCUCGUCUUAUGUUUGUCUUAAUGUCCUAAUAAGAAUAAGAGUGAUAGAAGCCAUUUAUGUACAAAUAAAUCUAUAUUAUAAUAAACAAAGAUACACAAAUAUUUUUUAAAAUAUUUGUUUGUGUAAACUUUAAAAACAAAUAAUUGUUUGUUUGUUUACUGUGUAAUAAUGUAGUUAAUGUGCGGAAUUAAGGAUUUGCCUAAUUUUGUUUUUAUAAUGUAAUAUGUUUUACUAUAAGCUUAGUUAGUAAUAAAAUAAUAAUGACUACACAAUAUACUUAAUAAUAAUAUAAUUUUCUUUUAAUUUUGAUUUUACGAUUUUACGCGGAUUAUUUAAUUACCCGUAUAAAAUUAUGAUUAAAAGUAUUAUGUAAAAUGUAAAUUUCAUUGGUAAACAAGCUCUGCUGAUAUUAUAUUCGAUAUUUAUGUAAGAGAUAUGUAAUACUUGUUUUUAAAAUGUAACAGAAAGUAAUUUUACACAUUAUUUUACAUAUUUUAGUUAUUUAAAAGUAUAAUAAAUUAAUAAAAUUAUAUUACACAUUUAACUAGUGUGCUAUUUUAAGUCGUUCAAAUUAUUUAUGACAUUAAUAAUAUAAUUAAUUCAAUAAUUUACGUUUUUGCCAAUGUUAAAGUAUUAGUUAUGAACUAAGACUUAACUUUUUAGUUUUACGACAUAUUUUAAAUCUCUCUAACAAUUUAUAUCAUAUACCUACUACAAAUGUUAAAAAAAUAACCGGUAACCAAGAGAUAAUCCAAUUCAAUUUGAGUUUUAUUAAUAUGGUGUUAUUACCGCUAUAAUUGCACAUUUUUACUGAUCUGUUACCUUUACUAAACUGUACCUUUUAUUAAUAUAAAAAUCUAAGCAAA